AUGAUCGAUCCAUCAUGGCUGAAUGAUCCUGGAUGGCCUUUUUUGAGGCUGUCGGAGGAGCAACUUCUCGAGGUAAGGCCUGUUUUUCUAUUUUUGGCGGGAAAAAUCAAUUUGAAUAAAUUUAUCGAUAAGUAUUGAUUUUGUUUGACAUUUCGUCCGAGAAAUAAAAAUAUUUUUUUUGGUCGAUUUUUUCUAUAAUUGUAAAUUGUAAGACCGAAGAAAAAUAUAAGAAUAGGUGUACCUAUGUUUGGUAAUAUAAGUAAAAAGUGCUGAAAUCGAAUUUCUCUUGUAACGAAGCAUAAUUUCCUUUUCAGGAACAAUCGAAACGAGGAUUCGACAACAAAACUCACACUUGGGUGCCAGAUCCCGAUGAAGGCUUUGUUAUUGGGAAGAUUGAUGGAGAAGACGGAGAAAAACUCAAUGUGACGUUGCCUAAAGGCGAUAAGGUAGGUAAAAUACGUGUAUAGCAGCGUUGUCUUGCAGAAAACAGUUCCAAAAUUGGAAUGUCAAGAGAUCAAUCCGGCCAAAUUCGAGAAGACCGAGGACAUGUCCAAUCUGACUUUUCUGAACGAAGCUUCCGUUUUACAUAAUCUGAAACAAAGAUACAGCUCCAUGAUUAUAUAUGCAAGUGGUUAUGGGACUAAUGUUUUGACAAAUCAAAUUAUUUUUAGACCUAUUCUGGAUUGUUUUUGGUCUUCAUAAAUCCGUAUAAAAUGUUGCCGAUUUACACGGAUUCUGUUGCCAGUAUGUUCGUGAAUCGAAGGAGAAAUGAGAUGCCCCCUCAUCUCUUUGCUGUCUCCGAUUUGGCCUACAGAAAUAUGAUUUCAAGUAGUUUUUUAAUCUAUUUUAAAUCAAAUUCUUCCGCUUUCAUGGAUAAUGUAAUAUUUUUAGAUCAUGAGAAUCAGUCGAUGUUGAUCACUGGUGAAUCUGGAGCUGGCAAGACCGAGAAUACGAAGAAAGUCAUCUCUUACUUUGCUAGAAUUGGCGCUUCCACCAAAAGCGAUGGCAAAAAACAGGCAAGUACCUGGUGUAAUAUAAGUUACGAAAGAUGACGAAUCAUACUCUUUAUACGCUGCUGAUACUCUUUAUACGCUACUGUUUACUUAAUUUCGUUUCCAAAGUACUUAAGACUCCAAACCCACGUAAAAAUUUCCUUCCGGAUGUUUGCGGAUAUUAAAUAUUCCCUCUUUUUUGAGUAAAUAUUGAAGUAAUAAGAAAAUGAAUGGCCAAGCUAAAUGAUCAGAUUUUUUUUCAGCAAUCAUCGCUGGAAGAACAGAUCGUCGAGGCGAAUCCGGCGAUCGAAGCGUUUGGAAAUGGCGCCACGAAUAGGAAUUACAACUCGAGUCGAUACGGAAAAUUCAUCCGAAUUCAUUUUAGCAGCAAUGGAAAGCUGGUUGGAGGGGAUAUUGAACACUGUAAGAUAGGUAUUCAGUUAUAACUCUUGUUUAGAUCUUCUGGAAAAGUCGCGAGUCAUAAAACAAGGUCCCGGGGAACGUUCUUUCCACAUCUUUUAUCAGAUUAUGGUUAAUGCGGGAUUAAGGAAACAGCUCAAGCUGGAUGAUGACAUUAAGAAAUACAAGUUUGUGUCUUUGGCGGAAACUACAGUACCCGGAAUGGAUGAUAAGGCUGAGUUUGAUUGUACUGACGUAAGUAUCGUUUAUUAAUGGCUGGUUUUUUAUUGAGAUAGUAAAUCGGUUGAUUUUAGAACGCUUUCAAUGUGAUGGGAUUCAGUAAGGAUGAGAAAGAAGGACUUUACAAGACUUGUGCCGCCAUUAUGCAUAUGGGAGAGAUGAAAUUCAAACAAAAACCGAGAGAAGAACAAGCCGAAGCCGAUGAUAUUGCAGGUAGGUGAUCUAAGCUAUCUGGGAAAACGUUAUAAAUGCUUUUUAAGAAGCAACUUUGGCCUGUGAACUCUUUGGAAUCAAUGUGGAGAAAUUUAUCGACGCCCUGUUAAAGCCACAAGUCAAAGUUGGCACAGAAUGGGUCAGCAGAGGACAGACUUUACAGCAGGUAGGAUGAGAUCAGUUUGAUUCAUUGAAAGCGUGAUUGUCAUGCCAUUCAGAGCACGUAUACUGGCAGAUUCUUUUAGGUGGAAUGGUCAGUUGGCUCUCUAUCCAUGGCGAUUUAUGCUCGAAUGUUUGAUUGGGUCAUCAAACGGUGUAACAAGACCUUAUCUACCUCAAAAGACGGCGCUGCUCAUUACAUUGGAGUCCUGGAUAUUGCUGGAUUCGAAAUCUUUGAUGUAAGGAUCUAUUUCCAAACUUAGAUGACUGCCGUUUAGCGCAAUUCCUUCGAACAAUUGUGGAUUAAUUUUGUUAACGAGAAGUUGCAACAAUUCUUCAACCAUCAUAUGUUUGUACUAGAGCAAGAAGAAUACAAAAGAGAGGAAAUUCAGUGGACUUUUAUCGAUUUUGGAUUGGAUUUACAAAGUUGUAUUGAGCUUAUUGAAAAGGUAUCUAGGGUAAUAUAAUUUGAACGACUUUCAGCCGCUCGGAAUCAUCUCGAUGUUAGAUGAAGAGUGCAUUGUCCCCAAGGCCUCGGAUCAAAGUUACGUCGAGAAAUUGAACAAUCAACACUUGGGAAAACACCCCAAUUUCCUCAAGCCCAAACCCGUAAAAGGAAAGCCUCUGGAUGCUGAUUUUGCGAUUGUCCAUUAUGCUGGGACUGUCAAUUACAGCGCCGCGGCAUGGUUGGAUAAGAACAAAGAUCCGCUGAAUGAUACGGCAGUGUCAGUCCUCAAAACGGCAUCAAAAGAUUCUUCGAUCUACAAAUUCUGGGAGGAAUACAAGACGGCAGUAGAUAAAGAAGAAGAUGAAAAGAGAGGAAAGGCGACAGAAACGAAGAAGAAAGGAAAGUCCGGACAGUUCAUGACAGUCUCCAAUAUGUAUCGGGAAUCCCUGAAUAAUCUGCUCAGCAUGCUGCACUCGACUCAACCUCAUUUUAUCAGAUGUAUCAUACCUAACGAGAAGAAGACUAGUGGAUUGGUUGAGGCACCGUUGGUUUUAAACCAGGUAAUCAUAGUUUAUUUUUAUUUUUGACUAUUUAGUUGACUUGCAAUGGAGUUUUGGAAGGGAUUCGAAUCUGUCGAAAAGGUUUUCCCAACAGAAUGCUCUUCCCCGAAUUCCGUCAACGUUACGCAAUCCUCGCCGCUGAUGCCGCUCAAAUCAGCGACCUUAAAGGAAGCGCUGAUAAGAUGUGUGAACAUAUAGUAAAGGAGGGAAAGUUGACUCCGGACGAUUAUAGAAUUGGAAAUACAAAGGUACACGAAAAAAAUGAUCUCUCAUCUUGUUUAUAUAGGUAUUCUUCCGAGCCGGAGUUUUGGCCAAAAUGGAAGAAUUAAGAGACGCCGCUCUUACUGUGAUUGUCAAGAAAUUUCAAUGCGAAUGUAGAGCAUAUCUGGCUAGAUGUGAGAGACAAAGACGGGAAAUGUUGGGAGAAAACAUUGAAGUUAUCCAAGAGAACAUCAGGAAAUGGCUGGUUUUGAGAGGAUGGCCAUGGUACAGACUGUAUUCCAGGAUAAAACCGAUGUUGAAGGGACUGCAAAAGAAUGCAGAAUUUAAGGAAAUCGAAAAGAGAAUGAAGGUAAGCGCAGUAUCCGUACUAUAAGUUCUCGGAAAAUGGUGUGCAAUACAAUUGAUGACCCAAGAAUUGUCAAAAUCCUUACCGUUCCAUUCAACUUAACCCUUGCUCUUUUGCAGGCAGCCGAAGAGCGUGAGAAGGAGUUGGACCAGCGCGCAUCCCAGCUGCAGACACAACUAAACCAACAGAAAGAAGAAUACGAGAACCUGCGCGCCAACUACACCAACCAACAAGCCGCGCUGGAGCGUCGGAACGCCGAGAUAAAGGUAAAAAACUGUCCGGCCGGACAGAACUUUGAUUUCCUGCGGGUGAGAACGGGAUAAUGCGGGGUUGGAAGGGGAUCCCGGAACAUGUCAUAAGCGUUCGGACAAAGUUUCGACCAGAAUUUGGGACUGUAUAUUAGAAUUGAUGCAAUUUUAUUUAAAUUUUCAGAAGCUCGAUGCUGAACUUCACCAGACAACUAUCAAAUUAGAGGAUAUUGAAAAGGAAAGCGUCCAGAAGAUCAGAGAGUUGGAGAAACAGAAUAAAGACGCGCUGGAGAAAGCUGCGUUGGAGAGAAAGGCAUUGGAAACUGAGAUUCAAAGAAGCCGAAGAGAAGCCCAAGAAGCACAGUUGCAAUUAGCAAUGCAGCAAGAACAGAAUAAUGUGCUUUUGCAACAAAAGAAGGCUUCAGUAAGUUCCAUAUUUGAUGAUUUAACUGAUUUUAGGAGCAAAGUCAGUAUGAAGCAAUAGAUCAGUUGGAAUUGAUGAAAACCAAAAAUGAAAGAAUCGAAGAUCAGAAGAAAAAGUUGGUGGAGGAAUUGGAUUGUAUGGAGGAAAGAUUACAAGCUGAGAAACGAUACAAAGAAGAGGCCAAUAGAGGUACGUUUUAAUUUGAAAAGCUUGAGUUUAUAGAAAAACGCAAACUUGAAAAUGAGUUGAAACAAGUCCAUGAUAAGGCUGAUAUGGCACUGAAACAGGCGAAACAAGCUGAUGAUGAAUGCAGAAGGUAGGGGAAUAAUAAAUUUUGGUAUAUUUUUAGACUGGAGCAAGAGAUUGCACAGUGGAGAAAUCGCUCGCAUGAUGACGCAAAUCUAAUCACAAGACUGCAACAAAAUAUAAGGCAAUUGAUGACUCGAAUUGAGGAGAUCGAAAGCGAAUUGGAUGUGGAAAUACGGCAGAAACAGAGGGCAUGUUAUUUAUUAAUAGACAUUUUUCGGUUUUCAUAGUGGUUUAACUAUGUGUUUUUUCAGGCCGAUAAACUUCGUAUGGAAGUUCAAGCCGAGGUCGAAUCCCUCCAACAACAACUUGCGGAAGCCAAUGGCCAGUUGGAUAUGCAUAUCCAUGUCAACAAGGACCGGCAACAUCAAUUGGAGAUCCUCCAAAACGAGAUCAUGAAAAGAAAUGCCUUCCACGAAAACCAUUUGGCCGAGCUUUGUUCAAAACAAUGGAUAACUGUCAACAAUCUCAGAAAUCUCUCUCAACAUGCCCAGUUCCUGGAGAACGAGGUGAAUCAUGUGUUGGACCUCCGUAAGAACACCGUCGCGAAUGGAAAGCCCCUGCAGAGAUCAAUGACUGCCAACGAUGAUUUUUACAAACACAGCAAUACUGAGUUUCGGCCAUGA